UUGCGCCAUCUCUCUCUCUCUCUCUCUCUCUCUCUCUCUUCGAUUUACAGCUUCGUGCGUAUAUCGAUUUGUACAUCUCCUUGGAAAUUAGGGUUCAUAAUCAUGAAUCUCUGAAAUCUGAUCGGAGUCAGAGCUCUCGAGUUCCUGAAAGUUUGGAAUCUGGUAGGGACGGCUGUUCGGGAGAAAAUGGAGAAGAAAGAUUCCUUCAACUACCGGGCCAGACCAGAAACCGAGCGCCAGAGCUCCUUCAAUGGCGAUUUCGGCCUCGGAGUCAGCGAUCGGAGAUUCGCCUUCUCGCGCCAAGCUUCGUUUCAGCAACACCACCACGAACCUCGCACGCCGAUCUCCAACAGCCUCAACGACGGCUGCGCGAGGUCUUUCCUUUCUCGGACCGUCUCCAGUAUCGAUAUCCCGCCGCAGGCCUACGCGGAGGAAGAAAAUGUGAAAUUUUUCGGCGAACGUGAAGUUUCCGGCGAGAAAUUCUCGGUUCUGUUGCUCUUGGCUUCGGUGUUUCGAACCAUGAGGUCCGGGAAUAGGUAUAUGAAGAGGCUGUUUGUGUUGAUUUCGCUUAAUGUGGCGUAUUCGACCGCGGAGUUGUGUAUUGGCCUUUUGACGGGUCGUGUUGGAUUGGUGUCCGAUGCGUUUCAUUUAACAUUCGGCUGUGGCCUGUUGACGUUCUCAUUGUUUGCCAUGGCUGCUUCUCGAGGAAAGCCUGAUGGAAUUUACACUUAUGGGUAUAAGCGGCUUGAGGUUUUGUCUGCAUUUACCAAUGCUCUGUUUCUUCUGUUUAUGGCAUUCUCUCUGGCAGUGGAAGCACUUCAUGCAUUCAUAGAAGAUGAAUCUGAACACAAGCAUUACUUGAUUGUUUCGGCAGUGACGAAUCUACUGGUGAACCUUAUUGGUGUCUGGUUCUUCAGGCAUUACGCGCGUAUAAAUCUUACAUACAGAAAGGCUGAAGAUAUGAAUUACCAUUCAGUUUGCCUGCACGUUCUUGCAGAUUCCAUUCGCAGUGCAGGUUUGAUAUUGGCAUCCUGGUUAUUAUCUCUCGGGGUUCAAAAUGCUGAAGUUUUGUGUUUAGGUAUAGUUUCAGUUGCAGUUUUUAUGCUUGUCAUGCCACUCUUCAGAGCAACUGGUGGUAUCUUGCUCCAAAUGGCUCCACCAAGCAUUCCACCUUCUGCAUUAACUAAAUGCUGGAGACAGAUUACAUCCCACGAAGAGGUAUCUGAAGUUUCUCAAGCUCGGUUUUGGGAAUUGGUUCCGGGUCAUGUUGUUGGUUCACUCUCAAUACAGGCAAAAAAAGGGAUGGAUGAGCGACCAAUUCUUCAAUAUGUGCAUGGUUUGUACCACGAAUUGGGCAUACAUGAUUUGACGUUGCAAGUCGAUGUCUGAGUUCUUUUUCUCUUUUCUACUUUUCCUGAUCAUUCGUAAAAAUAGUUAUUAAUUUAAUUCUGGCGUAAACGCUUUUUCUUUUUUCUUUUAGUUUUUAUAGUGAGAAGGGAUCUGGUCUAGAAAGUAGAAAUUCCAAAUUUGUUAUCUCCUACCGUGGUGUUUUCCCGUAAGGGGAUUAAGAAAUUUAAGGUAGGGUCAUGUAUUUAUUGUAGAGUAUCAUUUCUGAUGUUGAAACUUGGAUUCAUCUUGAGAUUGAUAGUAAUAGUUUUAUCUCUGCUUAUUAUUUAUUAAA